GUCGCAGGAUUUGCGUAGAGCGGGCCUUUCCUUUCGGCACGUUGAACGUUCUCGGUAGAGGCGGGUGGCGGGCGGCCUUGUGUGGUGGUCGGGGCCUAGGAGUCGGUGUAGCGCGAUGUCGGGGGCAACUGGCGGUGUGACGGGCUCAGCUCGGAAGCGGCUGCUGAAGGAGGAGGACAUGACAAAAGUGGAAUUCGAAACCAGCGAAGAGGUGGACGUCACCCCCACUUUCGACACCAUGGGCCUACGGGAGGACCUGCUGCGCGGCAUCUACGCCUACGGUUUUGAGAAACCUUCAGCUAUCCAGCAGAGAGCAAUUAAGCAGAUAAUUAAAGGAAGAGAUGUGAUUGCACAAUCCCAGUCUGGAACAGGCAAAACAGCAACAUUUUCCAUAUCUGUUCUACAGUGUCUGGACAUCCAGGUUCGUGAAACCCAGGCGUUGAUCUUGGCACCUACUAGAGAGUUGGCAGUACAAAUUCAGAAGGGGCUCCUUGCUCUUGGUGAUUACAUGAAUGUCCAAUGUCAUGCAUGUAUUGGUGGGACCAAUGUUGGUGAAGAUAUCAGGAAGCUGGAUUAUGGACAACAUGUUGUUGCUGGCACACCUGGUCGUGUAUUUGAUAUGAUUCGUCGCAGAAGUCUAAGGACUCGUGCUAUCAAAAUGUUGGUUUUGGAUGAAGCUGAUGAAAUGCUCAAUAAAGGUUUUAAAGAACAGAUUUAUGAUGUGUACAGAUACCUUCCUCCAGCCACACAGGUAGUUCUGAUCAGUGCCACUUUGCCACAUGAGAUCUUGGAGAUGACCAACAAAUUUAUGACUGACCCUAUUCGUAUUCUGGUGAAACGUGAUGAGUUGACUCUUGAAGGGAUCAAACAGUUCUUUGUGGCAGUAGAGAGAGAAGAAUGGAAGUUUGAUACAUUAUGUGACUUGUAUGACACCCUCACUAUUACACAAGCAGUCAUCUUCUGUAAUACCAAGAGGAAGGUUGAUUGGCUGACUGAGAAGAUGAGAGAGGCCAACUUCACUGUUUCAUCAAUGCAUGGUGACAUGCCCCAGAAGGAGAGGGAGUCCAUCAUGAAAGAGUUCAGGUCUGGGGCAAGCCGAGUUCUAAUUUCUACAGAUGUUUGGGCAAGAGGUCUGGAUGUUCCUCAGGUGUCCCUGAUAAUUAACUAUGAUUUGCCCAACAACAGAGAAUUGUAUAUACACAGGAUUGGUAGAUCAGGCCGCUAUGGUCGCAAAGGUGUUGCAAUCAACUUUGUAAAGAAUGAUGAUAUUCGUAUCCUGCGAGACAUUGAGCAAUACUAUUCUACCCAGAUUGAUGAAAUGCCCAUGAACGUCGCUGAUCUUAUUUAAAGAAACAAGAUGGACAGAAGAGAGAAGCUCCUCUUAGCUGUGAUGCAUUAUUUUAACAGCACCCAAGAGCUGCUUGGAACUCUUCUUGUUACUGAUGCUGUUUUAAAACCAUAGUAGUGUAAUUCCCAAAUGGUUAGGCAUCUGCUGAACAGAGUUGGCGAAAAGUAAUAUUGGAAGCAGUGCAAGUACUUGGUGGGUUUUAUUUAGUUUCAUUGUGGAAUCGCAGAAACCUAGAAAUUGUAAUUUUCUUGAUGGAAAUUGUAAAGAGGCAUUUCUGUAAAUAAGUUGUCAUCCUUUCUGCUUUUUUCCUGAUUAAACAAUUAAAUUUUCAUAUAAAUUC